AUGAAUACGGCCACAGAAGAAGUGCUGCAGCUCAAUCCGGGGAGGAAGCUAAUCAUCAACGCUAGGAGUCCUACUAUGCCGAAAGCCAGUGGUGAAGAACGGCAUGGCCAUGACUCCCUGAAGAAAGUCCUGUCAGUCGUGGACGACCAAAUGCGGUUUCAGCAGGAGGAGCCAGCAUGCGCACCGUUUCGCGAGUACGCCAACACCAUCAAGCGGUUGGACGAAGAUGCACGACUUGAGGGGCUCGACUAUACGGCGAUGAAGACACUGCAGUUUGUAGCAGGUCUUCAAGAUUCCUCACUGAGGCAAGUUCGCCUUUGGAUGAUUCGUCGACUGGACGCUCGCAAGGACGAAACAACAUUGACGACCGAAGACCUAGUCAGUGACUGCGAAAAAUUUCACUGCCCUGAAAAUGGACAAUACAGACAUGGAUGGCACACGUGA